CAGGCUGCAGCUGGGUCAAUUAACCUGCAGCAUCAGCUGUUUAAAAAGCCACAUGUGAGUCAGAUGACAUUAACAGGCCUGUAGGAAACAAUGGAGAAAGUUUCCGUCAUUGCUGACAUGAAGACCUUUGAGUGUUCAUCUCCAUCGGAGCUUGACAGGAGGUUCUUUGAGGAACAGAGUUUGAUGUCUGCUUUGUCUCUGGAGCAACUCUCCACAUCGAGGGUAUCAAACGAAAUGGUGGCUGAUCGAUCUGAUGCCAAGACGUCGAGCCUGGCUUUCCUCUGCGUGUCAUCAGACCCAGUUUCCUCUCCUCAGACGACUUCAAUGAAUAACUUGAACACCCAAGAAAGAGAUGGUUGUCACCUGGCCGUGCCUUUGCAGGGAAAGUCAUCCACUCCCUGCAUGCUCCUUCAAAAGCAAAAAAAGUCCACUUUCUUUGACCAGUCAUACUGUGAUCUCACAGCCUCUCAGAUGUCGUGGGAUGUGUCUUUGAUCAAAUCUGAGAGCAACAGCCCCAAACCCUUCACUGAGUCCAGUGCUCUGGAGCCGACAUGGAGUCCAAAUCCUCAGUCUAUGCAACUUUCAGUAGCUGGACUGUCUCCCUAAAUGUUUCCCUGUCACACUUUAAAUGUGGAAAAAAUUCAAAACUUUCUUUUGCACCCAUGAUGAAUCAGUGGAUGAAACCCUUGAUCAUAUAAAGCAUCCAUGCAUGGGUGGAGACUUGCACAGAAAGAAGUAUGCUGUCAACAAAAUGCUUUUAAAAGAUUUAAAUACUUAAAUAAAAGUGACUUUAUACAAUAAAAUAUUCCAUGACUAAAUACAAAAGUACUCUUACUAGAAUAUACUUAUCUAUGUUGAAAAGAUUUAUUGAAAAGACGCGAGUUGAGAAUAAAAAAAAGCUUUUCCUUUUAUUCAAUUCA